CACAGACGAGCCAUGGUGCUGCCGGCUGAUGCUGACGCGCCACGGUACCAUAUCUCCAAGGGUGUUUUUGUGCAACAAAACAAUGUCCAUCACAAUCAAUUCAUAAUCACAACAAGAGCUCUCACUACCGACACGGAGCCAUGUCCGGAUGCUAGCGGGCUGGGAACCGGAUCAUCUGACAGACCGGAUGCAUGCUUAUUUCCCAAAGCGGAAUCUCACGAUAACGAUGGCAGUCUUGGAGAUAGCAUAUCCAGUCGUCGUAGCACGAUGCAGGUGCAGUUCUCGUUAGCACGGCAUUAUCCGCGCCGCAAGGCGGCAGUGCCUCUCACACCGCCCAUGAGUGCAAGCGACGCACUACUGUAG